AUGAACUCGUCCCUGCAGGCGAGCGCGAACGCCACCGCGGCGCCGCAGCCGGGCUUCGCCGCGGCCUACGGCGUCAUCGCGGCGCUGGGCCUGCCGCUCAACGCCGCGUCCCUGUGGAUCCUGCUCCGCCGCCACAGCCUCCGGGCCCCCGGCGCCGUCUUCAUGCUCAACCUGGCGGCCUCCGACCUCAUGCUCGUCGCCUCGCUGCCCGCGAGGAGCUACGCGCACGCCACGGGCACGUGGCCCUUGAGCGGCGCGGCGUGCGCUGCGGUCCUGGCGCUGUUCCGCGCCAACCUCCGCUCCAGCGCCGUCUUCAUCAGCCUCAUCAGCGUGGACCGGCUGCUGGCCGUGGUCUUCCCUCUGCGGUCGCGCCACCUGCGGACCGCCGCCAACGCGUGGAAGGCCGCCGCGCUCGCCUGGAUCUUGGUGUCGGCCGCGAGCCUUCCGCAGCUGCUGCCGCUCCCGAGCAGCUGGAGCGGCGGGCCGAACUGCUUCCUUCCGCGCUCCGACGCUCACGGGCGCCUGGUUCCCGUCGCGCAGUCCGUGCUCAUCUUCGUCCUGCUGGCCGUCAACGUCCUGUGCACGGCCGUGGUGUCGGUGACGCUGCGCCGGCACCGGCCCGACGCACGCGUCCGCAACACGGUCGACGUCAUGCUGAUUUUCAUCAUGAACUUAGUCAUGUUCACCUUGUGCUUCUUGCCUCUGUCCAUUGGUUUGCUUCAGUUUGGAAACUUCCACAAAACUCUGCCCCCUUUGAUAUGUCUUGCGAGUGUAAACUGCUGCCUGGAUCCGCUGCUCUACUACUUUUCUUUGGAUGCGUUUUGGAAGAGGAGAGAGGACGUGGACCCUGCGACAGGACGCUAG